AUGGCAUCUUCUUCACAGGCGAAUGUCCCAUAUCUUCGUCGCGACACUAUAGACCAAACGGAGGUUGCUAUCAGCACCUACUAUAGGGAUUCACAUUUUCCGGAGCUGGUUGAAACUUUAAAUGUGGUCGGCGAACAGUGCAAUUCAGAUUUAUUGGGAAGAUUUAGAGCAUCAUGUUUUGGGCAUUUCACUGAUUGGAGGCCCGGCGCGAAGAGCAAUAAAGCAUUACACCAGAUUGUAUCGAGGCAGAUUGUGUCAGAAGAAAAUGAGAUGUGCUUCUUUCUGUGCGGAGCACGAGUCAGAUUUUCCCCUGCGGACUACGCAUUAGUGACUGGGCUCAAUUUCGGGGGAUCGAGGUUCGAUGCGACAUUACAGCACGACUGCAGUCGCGUGGAGGCAUACCGACGAUUCUGCGGUGCGCGAAGCAUGACCAUACAGGCGCUCAUCAAACGCGUGUGCGAUUUGGAUCGUCGAGUGGAUGAUGAGGAUGGGAGCCUGUACCUUCGUGCUGUCCUCGUGUGUGUGGCUCACACCCUCGUUCUUGGGUUGGAUGCGCGGGUACAGCCGUGGCUUUGGGUGUUGGUGGAUGAUCUGGCUGCAUUUGAUAGAUUCCCCUGGGGCGCGUAUUCGUAUAAGAUGUUAUGCCAUUAUACGAGAGAGACAGGAAAGGGCGAGAAGUAUCACUUCUACGGUCCUUCGUGGGCUUUAUAUGUCUGGGCAUUGGAGCGCGUCCCGGGCUUCGGACACAUGGUCGCAGCAUCUAGCGGUGAUCCGACAGCGCACCCUCGGUGUUUGAGAUGGACUUUCAGGGGUAAGCCGAAGCUUCACGGUCUGCGCGAUCUAUUCGAGGGACAGGGUGGUGUCAUGCCCCUGGACCCCGAUGCUGACGAUCUGUCGAGUCACUACUUCAUAUCAGCGCUGACACCGGGCGAACUCUCGGUGAGCUUCAGGCCCCCCGACAACCCAUUAGCUCGGGGUGUCCAAUUUCCACAGGGCACCGGAGCCCGUGUUGUGGAGGAGCGCGGGGACGAGGAGGAUGUACCUAGACAGCCUCGUACGACUCGCAGUCACAGUGUCCGGGGCCCUGUGAGGGAUGCUCGACAGCACGAGCCGGCUCGUCAUUCAGUAGAUCCGGGCUCGCGCCCUGUGAGGGAUGCUCGACCCCACGAGCCGGCUCGUCAUUCAGUAGAUCCGGGCAAGCGCCCAGCGCCGCAUACUUCUUCAUCGUCGAGCGGAUCUCGGACUGUAUCCAGUCCCAGCGAGGGUGAGGUGGAUCGUAAGUGGGUGAAGAAGACGAUCCGUCAGGAGAUUAAGAAGGCCUUCGGCAAAUUCGUGGAGAAACUGAAGAGCAAGGGUAAAAAGGAUAGGUGCAAGAAGAGCAAACAUUUCCGAGUGCCCGACUCCCCUGAUGAUGAUGACCAGCGACGGUCCCCUGAUCCUCCACAGCCACGGUCUCCUCCACAGCGACGGUCUCCUCCACCCAGUGCUUCAGGGCCCGACGCUUCAGGGCCAAGCGUUUCACGUUCCUGCGACAACGACCCCCGCGGUGAGGAACCACGCCAUCCAGAGACCCAGGAUUACGACGAGCAGUGGCGGGCUAUGAAUCAGUCUGUUCAGGGCGACUACACACCGGCGGAGCAGACUUUUGACUGGUCGACCCAGGUCUACCCUCAUUGGUCUUCCCCAUUCCUGAAGCCGCAGUAUAGAACAGAGACCCCGAUAUUCUUUGCUGAACCGCUCACUUCUAUUGCACCACAUGAGUGGGGACAGUCCAGUUCGACAGGACAGGCUCAGACGGAGGAGCCUGAGCCACAGGCAGAGCAGCCACAGGUACUGCUGCUGCAGCACCUAGAGCAGCCGCCGGCAGAGCAGCCGCCAGCAGAGCCCCCGCGUCGCAGUGAGAGGGUGAGGCGUCCGUCUAACUAUCAGCGAUCGCCUUGGGUUAAUAGCCAAAUGCCACGUCCAGUGACACAAGUCUGCAGUGACCAUUAUGAGAAGUGGAUGGCUAGGUGUCGAGAGGGUAGGGGUAGUGAGAUUUAUGUCAAGGCAAGUGGUGGUUUGCGGGAGUACGACGACUUCGCGCGGGUGGAUAAUGUCAGCCAGCAAUUCACAACUGGGGUAAAUAAUCUAUUGAUUUUAACAUUGUUAAAUUACUUUCUACUAACUUAUUGAUUUUAACUUUGUUGCAGGAUAUUGACUUGUAUUUCUUAAGCUUGAGAAAUAGACUUCGAGCUUCAGCAGAUUUACUGGAUGACGUAGAUAUGAAUAACACAAUCAUAUUAGAUACGGAUUGGUUUAUAUACCUCCAGGGCGAGUGGGACGCUCUAUUGGAGAAGUGGGCAAGAAGUGAGUUUACUCCAGAGGAGUAUCAUAUAUUGACGCAUGGAGCAGUAGCUGAUGGUUGGCAGCCCCGGAUAGACUGGCUCUGCCAAAUACGUGGAAAAGCCGUUAAGGGCCAUGAACUUCCUCCUGGUCAUAUAGGAUGGAUGGAUGCCACACAGGUUCUCAUGCCAGUCAUAAUUGGCCACCAUUUUGUCCUAUGUCGGAUCCGGUUAGGAGAAUUGGUUUGCGAGGUCUAUGACCCAGUAUUCCACAAGCUAUCACCUCGACAGCAGGAUGGUCGAGUUGGUGAACUACUGCCUUUACUGAGAUUGUUGCCAAUUGUCCUUCAGUUGGCGAGGUGGCUAGACGACACAUCCAUUGAUUCGACAGUGGCAAAGGAGAAGUACCCACUUAUGA